AUCUGACUUUUUUUUUAAUUAUUAUUUUUUUACCCGCUCCUUUCUUGAGCAACUGGUUGUUGUUGCAGAGGUCACCGCGGGGACUGGUGGAGGCUCCCGGCUCUGGUGUUGGGAAAUAUGACAGCAGAAGUGAAUGCUCGUUAACGUAAGGGAUUUACUGAAGAAGAAAAACAAAAUGCCUUUUAAAGGUCUUGGUUCACUGAAAGAAAGAUUUUUUAACCCAGGAAAGGAAGAGGUGAAGAACACCAUUAGCGAAUCGCUGGGGAAUCUGAGAAGGAAGCUCGACGGCAGCGCCGUGGAGGAGGAGCCGCUGGAGCUGACGGCGGAGGGGCGGCCCGUGGCCGCGAGCGGCCGGCGGCCCGCGCGGUGCGAGUGCCAGUGCUGCGGCCUGCCCAAGCGCUACAUCAUCGCCAUCAUGAGCGGCCUGGGCUUCUGCAUCUCCUUCGGCAUCAGGUGCAACCUGGGCGUGGCCAUCGUGGAGAUGGUCAACAACAACACUGUCUAUGUCGACGGAAAGCCAGAGCUGCGGACAGCCCAAUUCGACUGGGAUCCAGAGACUGUAGGACUCAUUCAUGGCUCUUUUUUCUGGGGUUACAUUGUGACACAAAUUCCAGGAGGGUUCAUCUCAAACAAAUUGGCUGCUAACAGGGUAUUUGGUGCAGCUAUCUUUCUGACAUCUACACUGAACAUGAUCAUCCCUUCUGCAGCAAGAGUGCAUUAUGGCUGUGUGAUGUUUGUAAGGAUUCUUCAAGGUUUGGUGGAGGGCGUCACGUACCCAGCCUGCCACGGGAUGUGGAGUAAGUGGGCCCCGCCGCUGGAGAGAAGCAGGCUGGCUACCACUUCAUUCUGUGGGUCUUACGCAGGUGCAGUGGUGGCCAUGCCCCUGGCAGGUGUGCUGGUACAGUACAUAGGAUGGUCAUCAGUCUUUUAUAUUUAUGGAAUGUUUGGGAUUGUUUGGUACGUGUUUUGGCUGCUUCACGCCUAUGAGAGCCCUGCUGUGCAUCCAACAAUAACCAGUGAAGAAAGGAUAUACAUAGAAACAAGUAUAGGAGAAGGAGCCAGCCUAGCUAAUGCAAGUAAAUUUAGUACUCCAUGGAAGAGAUUUUUCACUUCAAUGCCAGUUUAUGCAAUCAUUGUGGCAAACUUCUGCAGAAGCUGGACCUUCUAUUUGCUCCUUAUAAGUCAGCCUGCUUACUUUGAAGAAGUCUUUGGAUUUGCAAUAAGCAAGGUUGGCCUUUUGUCAGCAGUUCCUCACAUGGUCAUGACAAUCAUUGUGCCCAUUGGAGGGCAACUAGCUGACUUCUUACGGAGCAGGAAGAUCUUAACCACUACCACUGUAAGGAAGGUCAUGAACUGUGGAGGCUUUGGGAUGGAAGCAACCUUGCUUUUGGUGGUUGGUUAUUCUCACACAAAAGGUGUGGCUAUUUCCUUUCUGGUGUUAGCAGUAGGCUUCAGUGGCUUUGCAAUUUCAGGCUUCAAUGUGAAUCACUUGGACAUAGCCCCUCGUUAUGCCAGCAUUCUCAUGGGGAUCUCCAACGGCGUGGGGACGCUGUCGGGAAUGGUGUGCCCACUCAUCGUUGGUGCAAUGACAAAGCAUAAGACCCGUGAAGAAUGGCAGAACGUCUUUCUGAUUGCAGCCCUGGUGCAUUACAGUGGUGUGAUAUUCUACGCUCUCUUUGCCUCUGGGGAGAAGCAGGAAUGGGCUGACCCCGAAAACCUCAGUGAAGAGAAAUGUGGCAUAAUUGAUCAGGAUGAACUGGCAGAAGAAACAGAGAUGAACAAUGAAACUUUUGUAAGUCCAAAGAAAACGUAUGGUGCUACCAGUCAAAAUAGUGAAGUACAGAGAAGGGAAUGGAAGAAGCAAAAGCAAGUAACUCAAGACAUGGAGGAACAGACUUCUUACCAUUAUGAAAAUGGAAAUUUUCAAGAUUUGUCUUAACACUUGAAACUGUAAGAUUUGUAUAGCAGCUACUCCCAUGACUCCUGCCUAGCUGCCCCAAAUCAUCAGGUAUUCACAUUUAUUGUCUUAUUCCAUUACAUAACAUCUGGCCACAUGGCUACAUUUGAGGGGUGAUAGUUCCCUCUCCAUGGUGUGUAAGAAGCUAACAACAGUAGGACUGGGAUAAGUGAUCCUAAAUCCUCUCCCAGACAUUGUAUGACCGUGGGAGAGCUUCUGUGCCAGUUAAAUGACCAGCCCUGGCAGGGCUCCUGCUUGAUGCAAGCUGUAGAGCUUACUGUAGGAGCAAGGAGUUCCCUCAUCAUCUCAUCUGAGCAGAGAAAGGACAAGUGAUACCAGAUGGUGGAUCCACGGUGAUCUGUGUAAUCCCUGGGUCUCCAGUGGUGUCACAGUCUGUGGUAAGCAGCCCUGCUUUGCCUUUUUAGGUUUCCUGUAGGGUGGCAUUUGAAUUGCUUAAUCCAUGUCAAACUGCAAGCUCAAGCUGAAAGAUCAGAGCUGAGGGAAAAGCAGAUUUCUGACUGUAGGCUGUAAUUAAUUACUAAUGGUCACUCAACAAGAGGAAGAGGAACAUGUGGCAGAGGUGGCACAGGAUUGCUUCAACAGUUCCUAGAAACUGAUUGGCAGAUAUCUUUAUGUGCACACCCCACAGAGUAUGGAUAAGACCAUAAAAUGGAUACUUGUAAAAUUUCUCCCCCUCCAAAGAUUUUGUGCUGGCAUGAGAUAAUUUUGAAUACAAAAUCAUUGUUAGUGAUGCAAUAUUAAUAAUCCUUAUGAAAGGAAAUCUUAGCCCUGUUUUGAUUAGGAUUCUCACUCAAUUCAUCAUUGUGAAGUAAUUUGAAUAUAUUUUUCUAGUAUUAUACUGAUAGAGCUCCUGCUCUCAUCACCAAUAGUACUUGUUUAGGUGAACAAGCUUACUUACAGGAAUAUUUAGUUCUGGAUCUGUAACUUUUCAAUGCCUCAGUCUUGUUCUUGCUAUGAAUGAAGCACUGUACCAUUUGAGAGUUAACAGGGUACCUAUGUAUAAAAGUAAUUAUCCUCUGCCAUUGGUAUACAAUUGACAAUAUAAAGUGGCUUUAGCCUUUUUCUACCAUUUUUAGAAUCAAACAUUGGAGCAUGCUGUAUCAUCUCAGUUAACUGCGACUCAGAGACUCAUUGUGGCAUUAAUACUCUUUUCAGAAUGGAUAAUUUCAGUAAGAUGUGAUUUAAUUUGUCUCUCAUUAUGACUACUGCCUCAUUAAAUUCAAGUGAAAGCUAACCUGU